UAUCUGUAAUGCCAGGGUCCAGAAAUUAAAAUUGCAACCCACCCUCCCUGUGCUACCACCACAGCACGUUCAGACAAACGCACGACGGCUCUUUCUAGCACCCCCAGGCGGCUGCGCUUGGUAUCGGUCCUCCGGGGUGCGACGGAAGCGAGUACAGUGAGCCUUCCGCUUGCCUGACUGACGUUGUGUUGGCGAUUUUUUAUCCGGUGUCAGCUAGUCUCUCAGUCCGGCUGAAACUACCCUCCCGGAGCCGAGGGGAGCUCCCUCCUUUCCCCAGCGGUUCAACGGCUUAUCUGCCCGGGCGAUACUCUUGCACCUAACCCUGCUUUGUAGUUUACGUGGCCGGCGGGGUCUGGGAUAAAUUGGAUUCGCGUUACAUUGCUGUUGGAUCGGAAAGCCCCCACUGGGAGAGGUCGGAGCUUUGGGCCGUUUCUGGAAGAUUAUAAAAUAAUAUAAGGAUCUGUCUGCCACUGCACUGUGGAGCCUGUCCAGCUGUCCAGCAGGGGGCCCUACUGCGAGGACUCUGUAUCCAGUCGGGAGCUCUCGAUGAGCGGGCACAGAUCGGCGAGGCUCCGGAGCCGGGACUCGGACCGGCACAUGGACACUGUCUGCCGGCCGGCCAUGGGAGGAGGGGGAGAGGGAGGAGGAUGUGUCCUCAGCAAGCUGGUCCAGCUGCCCUCUCCGCCCCUGUCCCGGCACCAGCUGAAGAGGCUGGAUGAGCACCGGUACCGUAGUGCCGGCCGCUCCCUGCUGGAGCCCAUCAUGCAGUGCUACUGGGAGUGGCUGGUGGCCCGUGUGCCCGUCUGGAUCGCUCCCAACCUCAUCACCAUCGUCGGGCUCGUCACCAACAUCUUCACCACCCUGGUGCUGGUGUAUUACUGCCCCACCGCCACCGAGCAGGCACCUUUGUGGGCAUACCUGUCGUGCGCUGUGGGGCUUUUUAUCUACCAAUCGCUGGACGCUAUAGACGGAAAGCAGGCGAGGCGAACCAAUAGCAGUUCCCCUCUGGGCGAGCUCUUCGACCACGGCUGCGAUUCUCUGUCCACAGUGUUUGUGGUCCUGGGGACGUGUAUUGCUGUGCAGCUGGGAACCAACCCAGACUGGAUGUUCUUCUGCUGUUUCGCAGGGAUGUUCAUGUUCUACUGCGCUCACUGGCAGACCUACGUGUCGGGCACGCUGCGCUUCGGAAUAUUUGAUGUUUCAGAAUCACAGAUCUGUAUUAUAAUAUUACAGAUUUUGACAGGAACUGUGGGUCCUUGGUUCUGGAACGAUACGAUUCCAGUGUUAAACAUCCAAAUGAAAAUCUUGCCUGCUCUUUGUACGGUAGUGGGCGCCAUCUUUUCCUGUACAAAUUACUUCAGAGUCAUAUUUACCGGAGGCGUUGGCAAAAAUGGAUCCACAACAGCGGGAACAAGUGUACUUUCACCUUUCUUCCACAUAGGAUCUGUAAUAGUACUUGCGAUGAUGAUCUAUAAAAAAUCUGCAGUUCAGCUGUUUGAAAAACACCCGUGUCUUUACAUCCUUGCAUUUGGCUUUGUGUCGGCCAAAAUAACCAACAAAUUGGUGGUUGCACACAUGACAAAAAGCGAGAUGCACCUUCAUGACUUGGCCUUUCUAGGACCAGGCCUGCUCUUCCUUGACCAGUAUCUCAACAGCUUUAUUGAUGAGUAUCUGGUCCUGUGGAUUGCUUUGGUCUUAUCCUUCUUCGAUCUUGUUCGUUACUGUGUCAGCGUUUGCAAUCAGAUUGCCUCACACCUUCAUAUUUUCGUCUUCAAAAUCAAACCCCCAGCCUCAGUCUCCAACCAGCAGGGGCAAAACCACCAUUAGUGACUUUUGUGUGUGAUUUCGGAGACGUGAACUCUCCUCAAGUGAAUGUAAACCAUAAAAGAGGAUCAUAAGGAAUACAAGAGGAAGAGGAGGAGGAGGAUUACGUAAAGAAGAUAAUUUAUUUCAAUCACUGUCGUGCGCAAUUUGUCUCGUUUCCAACAUUGUCUCCUUAGUAACUGAAUAGCACUCCUCAUUUUAAGCAAAGUCAAGAAAGAACUCUCUGUUUUUUCUCUCACUAUGCUACUGUCUGAAUUGAGCUUUUGUGAUUUAUCUGUGAACAGGGAAAGCAAAAAAAAACCUGAAAGGUGGUUUACAUAGUUAUCAAGUCCUACUCCUGCUGAGGAGAGUAGAAAUAGACUUUGUAUACUUUCAGCACCACACAAUGCAAAUUUAAUUUAACCUAUUUUUUUUAGCAUUUGAUAAGCAAUUACGUUAAUCCAUUUAAACUUUUUUUUUUUUUUUUUUUUUUAAAUCAGGCCUUUUUUUAUUAUAAUAGUUUUUUUUCUUCUUUAUGCAUUGUAUAACUGUCUAAGAACAUUGUCUGAAGAUGCACAUGCAGGUCAUACUUAUUUUUUUCAACUAGAAUUCUCACAGCAUUCAACAAAUGUCUGUCUCCUUAAGUGUUGUUACGCUUUGACAAGGAUAACUGGUGUGUUUAUUUGAAUGCCAGUCCUCUCCAUCCAGAGACAGACUCUUAACUAGGCAGCUCUGAACAAAUGACCCCUGCUGUUCACUCCUGGGACACGUGGGUUCUGACUUCUACCGCCACACACUCACUUGCACUUCAACGUGACUUUACAGUAAAAGAAAGCCUGAUUUGUAGUAGAAGUGUAAUUAGAAGGUAAAGAAAAAAAUAAUUUUUUUGUUUGUUUUUUGCAUUGCUUUGUCUGCUACGUGACCCGAAUGGGCUUCAUUAUGUGGUGUACUCAUUUAUUUUAAUUGACUACGUGUUAUUAAUGCUGUUCGGUGUCAUAAAUGGCGAUUUAGACUCGUCUGUUUUUUUUUUUUUCUCUCCAGAAUAUUAAAAAUAUAUUUAAAAAAACAGAGAUUAACACGAUUCUAACCCUGUAACUAAAAAUGUAAUCUUGCCAAUAUUUUGAAUAUGUCUUGCGACAUAGAAAAGGGUGUAUAUAAGAAUGAAGAUGGGGGAAGUGUUCUGUUGUUUUUUUACCCCCAGUUUUGCCACUUGUAGGAUUUCAAGCGGUUUUGCCAGAAUAGAUCAUAAAACAUGGGUAGCUAAAUGUUGUUUUUCUAUUGUUCAUUGACAUGCUCGGCUCUAAAAACUUUUCAUAACUGCACAAAUAUUUCAUGAACAUUUGUGUGACCUGAGGUGAAACAUUAAGCAUCCAGUAGUUUUUCUCAAAUGGUUAAACUGCAGAUCAAACCUUUUCCAGUAUCUACACACACACACACACAAAACUUAACUCUGAAGAACACGGUUGCAAAUGAUAUUAAGACUUCUUUGAAUAGUGGUGAAUCAACAGGUUUUUUAGAUUUAGAUUCUACAAAGCUUUUUUAUGUUUUCAUUUUUGUCUUGCAGGAAGAAUUCUUGAAAAAUAUAGCAGCUAUAAAAACCAUUUGGCCCAAAAACAAACAUUAUCAACAUCACAAAAAAAACAAAUUGGAAAAAAUGGCUUCAUACCCAAUAAAACAUUUUUCAUUUCAUCAUAUAGUUAAUUUCCGCACCAGAGCCCAGUGGGUUAUCUUUUUGUAACCUGUAAUGAAGAUUUUCAAGUAGAACAACUUAAAAACAAAAAUGAUUUUGAAGUGGAAUCUGACACAACAUGCUGUUUUGAUUUAAAAUAUUUUUGAACUGGAAAAGGUUAUCUGCAUUUAUAGCAGGACUAUACAUCUCGAAUAUAAAAUGUUAUGCUAGUAGGAAGGUGUUUAUUAUUUAUAAAAAGUAAUUCUGGCUACCCUUUAUGUGUUUCAAGUGCUUCUUGUUGUCCAUCAUAAUUCACUGCCUUUACUUGAACAAAUUUGUUUGACAUACAUGUAUAAAAUGUGACUCAUCAGUAUUAAAUUGCUUCAUAAAUGCUUAGUUCUAGAACCACGAAAAAUAAAAGUUUUACAAAUUGACAUUAGUUAAAAAUGUAUUUGGUACAAAGUUCUGUAGCCUCGCAUAUGCCCUGUUUCUCAUCUUUUUUUAUUUGAAGAGCAGAAUUUUAAAUGUUGACUUUUUUGGUUUUGAUACAUUUAUGACAUGCAUGUACUGCACCGAAGUUUUCAUUUUUAUUUUUUAAAUGGCCUACUCUGAUUUGAAUUCGCUGUGUUUGGGUGUUUGGUUUCAUUAAAGGCUAAUAAAAGAUAAAAGGUACAUGAUAAACUGUACCUUUGUUUGGGGUUGCUCUACCCAAACUGCUAUGCUAUUGUACAUGUACUGUAUUAAGAAAAAAAGAGCAAAAAAUGGGUGCACAGCCAUCAAGUCACAAACUGCCUUUAGAUAUAUACAUGUAACCAAAGCUUUUCGCUAUACCCAACAUUACAUGCAACCAAUAAAAUUAAAAAUAAUAAUAAUCUUUUUUUUUGUUUGUUUUUUUAAUUGCUGGCAUUGAUAAUUAAUUAAAUAAAACAUUGAGAGGCACAUUGCUUAUUUCACUGUUCGUCUUUAAAAAAGAUCAAAUUAAAUUUCACUUGAUUUUUGCCUUUGUGUCUAAUAAUUCUUUUGAUUUUUUUGUUUGCUCGAUUGUAACUUUUUCUGUAAAAUCUAUAAUUUUUAAAUAAAACAAGCUGAUGUAAAAUAAAGAUUGCUAUAUUUAUGAUAAGAAA